GCACUUGGAUUGCUAGGGAUUGGGACAGCUACAGUAGGACUGCUGGUGAUAGGGACAGCGUGCCCAAGAGCCUGUGCAGAAACAGCACUGAGGUGUUUUCCUUCGUCUGCGCUUAUGGAAACCAGCUAAGCAGCAGCUACUACAUAGCCUGAGGUCACCAAAUGGCAGGAAAGAGAAUUUAAUAUACAGCAACAACUGCAAAAACACAGCAUGUCCAGCUACCGGAUAAGUUCAGUGCUGAAGGUGCAUGCAAGCUAACUAGGCCCUUGGGGUAAAAAUUCCUACAGCAAUUGUGAAGGAAUUGGAAUACUUUUCCAGAAGAAGGUUCGAACCACUGACUUCCCGUAGAGAUCUCAACACCGUCCCCAUCCAACAAAAAUGUUUCACUGGAAGAAGACAAUGUACAAGAGCAUUUGUGUGUCCUUCGCAGUUGUGAUUGCUAUCACCAUUCUGCAGAGAAGUACAACUCCUGACCAGUAUACAGUGGAAAAUGCAGAGGAGGACGAGGAUGAUGAAAAUGAUUAUUUCCCUCUUGUCUCCAUCAGACAUCUGAAACGAGAUCUCUAUGCUGCACCUGACAGCUUCUGGGAAGUGAAUCUGCAGACUGCUGUAUCUCAGACUUCUAACUCAACUGAAAAGUUACAUAAAACUGUAUGGGAUGUGAUCACUAGCAACUGUACAGUGAAUAACAGCUUCACAAACCUGGACUGGUUUGCUGGUCUGGGAGACAAUUUUCAACAGUUUUUGCUGUACAGGCACUGCAGAUAUUUUCCCAUAAUUAUCAACCACCCAGAAAAAUGUGCUGAAGACAUAUAUUUGUUAAUAGUAGUGAAAUCUAUCAUAACACAACAUGACAGAAGGGAAGCCAUCAGAAGGACUUGGGGCAAGGCCAGGGAAGUAGAUGGCAAGAAGAUUAGAACUCUCUUCUUGCUAGGGACUGCUGUGAAGGAGGAAGAACGGGCCAACUACCAAAAACUUCUGGAUUACGAGGACUACAUAUAUCAUGAUAUCCUUCAGUGGGAUUUCCUGGAUAGUUUUUUCAACCUGACUCUGAAAGAAGUCCAUUUCUUGAAGUGGUUUGAUACUUAUUGUACCAAUGUUAAGUAUAUCUUUAAGGGAGAUGAUGAUGUUUUUGUAAGCCCUGAUAAUAUUUUAGAGUAUCUAGAUGGGAAGAAGGUGCCUGACCUUUUUGUGGGUGAUAUCCUGUACAAAGCCAAACCUAUACGGAAAACUGAAAACAAGUAUUACAUUCCUGAAGCACUGUAUAACAAAACUCACUAUCCACCCUAUGCAGGUGGUGGUGGGUUCCUCAUGGAUAGUGGUUUAGCUAGAAAACUCUAUGUUGCCUGUGAAACCCUAGACCUUUAUCCAAUUGAUGAUGUCUUUCUGGGGAUGUGUCUCCAGGUGCUUAAAGUGCAACCUAUACGCCAUUUGGGUUUCAAGACAUUUGGCCUUGUCAAAAACAAGGACAGUAAACUGAAUAAGGAGCCCUGCUUCUUUAAAAGUAUGCUGGUAGUUCAUAAACUGCUUCCUUCAGAACUUCUGAAUAUGUCAGAACUGGUCAAACAUAACCUCAACUGCUCCAAAAAAUAUGAAGUAGUAUAGGUCAGGUUUGAAACAUGCACACACUGACUGAUAAAUCAACUGUAAAUAUGCAUGCACUCAGCCACUCUGAGCUGACGUACCAUAUUGUGUCUACCUUGGAGUAUGUUAUAGUAAGUGUGAUGGGGAUAGGAACAAGUACCCAUCUGUAUGAGAGACAUGUGUAUUUUAUAUCAGAUGAUGUUUUUCUUAGUCUAUGCAAAUAAUAGGCUUAACUAACUCAGAAAAGGAGAAGUGUCACUGCUGUUGAAUCCUGCUACAUGCUCUAAUGUUAUGGUACACCAUGCAUAACACAUAUUUCAAUAAAUGAUAAAUAGCAAAGUAAAAAGAC